AUGGAGAAAGAAUCAACCGACUCUUCCCUCGGCCGCGAGCAGCUGCGACAACCCGGUUCAGUCGAGGACGGAGUAGACCAUGAAUUUGAAAAGAAACUGGUGCGAAAAUUGGAUAAUCAUAUUAUCCCUAUGAUCAUGGCUUUAUAUAUGGCUUCGUUCAUGGACAGGUUUUUCUCUUUUCUUUUUGCUCGGCUUUUGAGGUGGACUGGGCUAAUGAUUAUCUGGCGGUGCUGGCGGGCAGGGUUAACAUUGGUAAUGCAAGAUUGUAUGGAUUGGAGGAGGACUUGGGGCUUAAAGGGAAUCAAUUCCAGACCUCGGUUUCGAUUUUGUUCGUGACAUAUCUUGUCUGUUGUCCCCCCGAUUUUCGAAGCGAGAGUAGGCCGAUUUGGGGGACUGACAACUGUCGCAUACAAAGGGGUUUGAAAUCCCGAGUAACCUUGUGCUAAAAAAGUUCACACCUAGACGAUAUCGUAAUCCACCUCACCCACGGUCACUCGUCAUUUAGCGCCUAGCUAAUUUAUCUCAGUCGCAGCGAUAACCAUGAUCUGGGGCAUUAUCGCAACCUGUACUGGUUUCGUAAACUCCUACAAAAGCCUCCUCGCCUGCCGCCUCCUCCUCGGCGCCGCAGAAGCUGGUUUGUUCCCGGGGCUGGUAGUCUACCUUACAUUCUUCUACACCCGCAAAGAACUCGCCCUACGCAUGGGCUACAUGUUUGUCUCUGCUGCGUUGGCCGGUGCCAGCGGGGGCCUCUUGGCCUACGGGAUCGGCUUCCUAGACGGGAGGAGUGGAAUGAAGGGAUGGCGGUGGAUCCUCAUAAUUGAGGGAUUACCGGCGAUUGUGCUUGGGUCGGUGACGUAUUUCUUUUUGGCAGACAACCCGAGGGAGGCGGGGUACUUGACCGAGGAGGAGAAGAGGUUCAUGAUUGCUAGGAGAAGGCGAGAAGUAGCGCAUACAGCCAGCGCCCAGGAGUUUCACUGGGAGGAUGUGAGGAAGUGUUUUUCUGAUUGGACGUGUUGGGCUUUGUAUGCAUCCCCUCCCGGGAGAGCCCGCCAUGGAGGGCUGUUCGGCUAAUGAUCGUAGUGCGUUCGCGCAAUUCGGAAUGGGCAUCAUGUUCUACGGUCUCUCCUCCGCCUCCGCCUCCGCCUCCGCUCCUCCUUUAGCCUUCGUACACUAACAAUACUCGCAGGCUUUAGCACUUUCCUCCCCACAAUCAUAAAAUCACUCGGUCACUGGUCCGUAGAACAAGUCCAGGCCCUCACAAUCCCCUGCUACGCCCUCGGCGCGAUCACAUACUUGAUCGUCGCACAUAUCUCCGACAAGCAGCAGCGCCGAGGUAUGUACGCCAUAAGCUUCGCCUGCAUCUCCAUCAUCGGGUAUGGGAUUCUCUUAUUCGAUGCUUCUAGAGGUGUGCACUACUUUGCCUGUUUUCUCGUUGCCAUAGGGUUGUACGUGUCUGUGGGGCUACCACUAGUUUGGCUGCCAAGUAAUUGCCCCAGGUACGGGAAAAGGACCGCUGCAUUGGGGCUUCAGAUUGCGGUAGGGAAUGCGAGUGGUAUCCUGGUGCCUUUUGUAAGUUUCGCUGUUUAUGUGGCAAUAUUGUUGGAUCGGAGGAGGGAUUGACUUGUGGUGAACAGAUUUAUGCCUCUAAGGAUUCUCCUAGGUUUUUUUGGCCUCCCUCCUGAUAAAAACCAUGCGCUAAGCGUUAAAAAUAGAUACAUAAAAGGCUAUGCAGUAUCCCUAUCUAUGGGAGGCUUUGCAGCUAUCACCUACACUUUCCUGUGGGUCAGUAUCCCUUGUUUCCUCUUUCAUACCUCCUCUGGCUUCUAGCUAUUAACACCCAUAGUACUGGUUCUCAAAACUAAACGCCAGUCGAGAACGUGGCGAGGAAAACGCAAAAAUCGUUGGCUUGGGCGAAGAGGAUAUCGCGGAGCUGGGUGAUGAAUCGUGGGUUCCACUCGCCUCAUAGCUUGCAGGUGGCUGCUAACAAAAAUUGAUUGUAGGCCGAGGUUUCGGUACGCGGUUUAAGAAUGUAUAGCUGAAGGGAAGCGUGCAAUGGUUCAAUUGCACUCCACACUGCACUUUACGGGUUGUGGUAUCUUGUGAUACCAAGCUACGUCUGUGCAAAUAGGGACCUUGAAUUAUCACCCUACUACCAUUAGCAUACUAAAAUCGGUAUCACUGUCCUCGCCCCGUGGGCGAGACUACAAUAAGUCAUAAAUUUGUUAUCGCUG